CUCCCCGUGGCGCGAGCGGCUGAUCCCGGAGAGGAAACGGCAUUCGGCGCCGCACUCCCGCCCAGGCCGGUCCUGACGCGGGCCUCGUCAGCCGGUAACGGGGAGCAAAAGUGGGGGCCAGGGAGGCGACCACGAAAACGGAGGUCGGAGCCGAGAGGUCUCCUCUGAGAACGGCAGGAGUUGGGAGGAGGCGGCAGCAGCAGGAGCAGCGGCGGCGGCAGCAGCAGCUGGGAGGAGGUGGUGACGGUGGCAACGGCAGCGUCGGGGACGAUGGCGCGACUGGUGGCGGUGUGCAGGGACGGGGAAGAGGAGUUCCCCUUCGAGAGGAGGCAGAUUCCCCUCUACAUAGACGACACCCUCACGAUGGUGAUGGAAUUUCCUGACAAUGUGUUAAAUCUCGAUGGGCAUCAGAAUAAUGGUGCACAACUAAAGCAGUUCAUUCAGCGACACAGUAUGCUUAAGCAGCAAGAUCUAAGUAUUGCCAUGGUGGUGACAUCACGUGAAGUCUUGAGUGCACUUUCUCAGCUUGUCCCUUGUGUUGGUUGUCGUCGCAGUGUGGAGCGCCUCUUUUCCCAGCUUGUAGAGUCUGGAAAUCCCGCCCUUGAACCCUUGACAAUAGGGCCCAAGGGAGUCCUAUCUGUAACUCGAAGCUGUAUGACUGAUGCUAAGAAACUUUAUACAUUAUUUUAUGUACAUGGGUCCAAAUUAAAUGACAUGAUAGAUGCUAUUCCAAAAAGUAAAAAGAACAAGAGAUGUCAGUUGCACUCCUUAGAUACGCACAAACCAAAACCUUUGGGAGGUUGUUGGAUGGACGUAUGGGAACUAAUGUCCCAAGAAUGCAGGGAUGAAGUAGUUUUAAUUGACUCUAGUUGUCUUUUAGAAACACUAGAAACAUAUCUGCGAAAACACAGGUUUUGCACUGAUUGCAAAAAUAAAGUCCUCCGAGCAUACAAUAUCCUUAUUGGUGAACUUGAUUGCAGCAAAGAGAAGGGCUACUGUGCUGCACUUUAUGAAGGCUUACGGUGCUGUCCACAUGAACGACACAUACACGUUUGCUGUGAAACGGACUUCAUAGCACAUCUUUUGGGUCGUGCUGAGCCAGAGUUCGCAGGAGGGUAUGAGCGAAGAGAAAGGCAUGCUAAGACAAUAGAUAUAGCUCAAGAAGAAGUUCUGACCUGCUUGGGAAUUCAUCUUUACGAAAGACUGCAUCGGAUCUGGCAAAAACUACGAGCAGAAGAGCAAACAUGGCAGAUGCUUUUCUAUCUUGGUGUUGAUGCUUUACGUAAGAGUUUUGAGAUGACUGUGGAAAAAGUACAAGGUAUUAGCCGACUGGAACAACUAUGUGAAGAAUUUUCAGAGGAGGAACGAGUAAGAGAACUCAAGCAAGAAAAGAAACGCCAAAAACGGAAGAAUAGACGAAAAAAUAAAUGUGUAUGUGACAUUCCUACUCCUCUACAAACAGCAGAUGAGAAGGAAGUAAGCCAAGAGAAGGAAACAGACUUCAUAGAAAACAGCUGCAAAGCCUGUGGUAGCACUGAAGAUGGUAAUAGUUGUGUAGAAGUAAUUGUUACCAAUGAAAAUACAUCGUGUACCUGUCCUAGCAGUGGCAAUCUUUUGGGAUCUCCUAAAAUAAAGAAAGGCUUAUCUCCACACUGUAAUGGUAGUGAUUGUGGAUAUUCAUCGAGCAUGGAAGGCAGUGAAACAGGUUCUCGGGAGGGUUCAGAUGUUGCCUGCACUGAAGGCAUUUGUAAUCACGAUGAACACGGUGAUGACUCCUGUGUUCAUCACUGUGAAGACAAAGAGGAUGAUGGCGAUAGUUGUGUUGAAUGUUGGGCAAAUUCUGAAGAGAACAACACAAAAGGAAAAAAUAAAAAGAAGAAAAAGAAAAGCAAGAUGUUGAAAUGUGAUGAACAUAUCCAAAAGUUGGGAAGCUGUAUUACAGAUCCAGGUAAUCGAGAGACCUCAGGAAAUACCGUGCACACAGUGUUUCACCGCGAUAAGACCAAAGAUGCACAUCCUGAAAGCUGUUGUAGCUCUGAAAAGAGUGGGCAGCCACUGCCUUGGUUUGAGCAUAGGAAAAAUGUACCACAGUUUUCAGAACCUACAGAAACAUCAUUUGGUCCUGAUUCUGGAAAAGGUGCCAAGAGCUUAGUUGAACUUCUUGAUGAGUCUGAAUGUACUUCAGAUGAGGAAAUCUUUAUCUCACAAGAUGAAAUACAGUCAUUUAUGGCUAAUAACCAGUCUUUCUACAGCAAUAGAGAACAAUACCGACAGCAUCUGAAGGAGAAAUUUAAUAAAUACUGCCGCUUAAAUGAUCACAAGAGGCCCAUUUGUAGUGGCUGGUUGACAACAGCUGGAGCAAAUUAAGUAAAUAAAAUAGCUCUGUCUUUCAAUGAAACACUCAAGAUGACUACUGCGCCUUCUAUUUCAAAAACCUCUUAAUUUAGUGACUUAUGGCAAAUUUUUAUCUUAAAUCAAUGUGAUUCUUUCUUGUUUUGGGAGAUGGUGGAGGUAACCUCAUUAGUUUGUUCUUUCUACAGGCUUGUGUCUUUAGUUGCGUGGCUACGCAGGCCUGCCAUAUGAUUUAAGCCAUCUCUUUUCAUUAAAUGUUUCUCUUCCUGUGAGACUUACUAAAGCAACUUAGUGGCAAAAAGUAAUGUUGUACUUAUACUUCUGUACAGAAAUGACAAUGAGCUGAAUAUAUGGUUUUACGAAGUAGACAUCCACUUGCGAGAUGUUUGGAUGUAAUGUUAAAGCGCAAUGUGCAAAAUUUAAAUAAAGAAUAUUUAUUAAUACGCACAGUAAAAUUUGGUGUACAUGUUUCUACUUCAUGUAUGGCAGUAUUUUAAUAUUUGCCACUUGUGGACUUGGUACUUGGCCAGUGUUGAUGUUAGAGAGGAUGAAGAGCAGAUGAGGAUACAGAUACAGAUUGUUGAAGAUAAAAUUCUUACCUUGAUCA